AUGCGGUCGUUCCUGCCUCACACCGGGAAUGAAGCUUCUGGAAAGGACAUCGCACUGCGGCCACGCCGGGCGCCUGGCCCGGCGUGCACCGUCAUGGAACGCCCCUUGGUAGACGAAGAGGAGGCGCUUGGCCGGUCUCGGUGCCCGCAGUGGCAGGGUGCGCCGCCCAGCACCCGCGCCGCCUCCCCCUGCCGGCCGCGCCUAGUCGUCUUUUCGCCUGGUAGGGGGCGUCCUGGAGUGCAGAGGAUGCAUUUGUCUGUCCUGGGUCUCCUGUCUCAACCCGGGCAGGAACUGGGAGGAGGCCCAGGCCCUCAGCGCGCCCAGGCCCCUGCCCCGACCACCCUCCCCGCCCGGCAGGCGCUGACGUGGCGGCCGGUGGGGGCGGGGGGGUGGCUCGGCCGGCACGACUCCCCGGUAUGUGCCCUGUAG